AUGGCAAAGCUCGCCGUGUGCGUCUCCGUAAUGCUUGUGCUGCUGCUGGCGGCACUGAGUGAAAGCAGUCCAAGGAAAUAUUGCUGCACACAGUACCAAGAAACUCCUGUCCCAGUUAAAAGACUAAAGAGUUACACAGUCCAAGAUGAUUACUGCAAAAUCAGGGCAAUAAUUUUCAAGACUGUGAAAAACAGACCGGUCUGUGCCAAUCCUGAUGAGCAGUGGGUACAGGAGGCCAUGAUGUCAGUGUCAAAAAAACCUUGAGGAGCAUCAGCACUCGUGGAGAU